GCAUGUAGGGAGUGUGUACUUGGCUUUGUGUCCUUGGCUCCUCUAUACUCUCACAUGUGCGGGCACUGUAUACUUCUGCUGCCCUUGUGCUCCAAUCACUGCACAAACAGAAACAGCUCCGACAGGGAAGGGACUGCUGGAGUUAGGAACCCUAGGGCCUGGAAGGAAGCUAUGGCUCUCACAGUGACCUGGGGUCUAUUCUGUCCCCUCUGAACCUGUUUCCCUGGCAACACUGUGGGAACAACAGUCCAUGCAACACAGAAGACCUGAUGUCAUCUGGUGUCCUCCAAAUUUUCAGGUGAAGGCAGGGAUUGUGAAUGAUGCAGGGAUGGCCAGAAUGAUUUCUGCCUUCAUUCUUUUCCCAGUGGAACCAAGCCUGUGGGUGGGGAAAUCACAGUAAGACUGGACAGUGACUGAAUCUGACCCAGAAGAACCUUGGCUGCCUGCCUUCCAGGCCAGGGUCUUUCUUCCCUGAGAUUCUGGAGGGGAAGUACCUGGAACUCAGGAGUGUUGCCCUGGUCUGGAAGAUCUGAUAGACAUAGUAUGCACCCAUUUCCCUCGAGCUACUGGUGACUGGGGAACAGAUGAGAACCCUGGGUGGGUGGCUGGUUUCUUGAGGCACACAUACACUUGACACACCUUACACCUCUGAUUUGGGUGCAUUUUGGAAUCAUCUGGGAAGUUUUAAACAAUACUGAUGCCUAGGUCCAACCUCCAGAGAUUCUGAUUUAAUUGGUAUGGGGUGGGGUUUUGCAGUUUUCAAACCACAAUAUCCAACAAAGUUUGAGAACCACUGCCCUAAACAGCCCUCCUUCUUCCUUAUCUUAUCUGAAGGCCGGGGCACCUUCAGCUUCUCCAGUCACCUGGCCAGUGGCUCUUGCUUCCAGUCCUGCUGUCCCAGGGUGGAUAGGCCUUCAGGCGGAGACCCGGGAAUCCAGCAAGACUCUGUCCCAGGCGGCCUCUACAGUCCGGGACGGGACAGGAAGUGUCCGGCGGAGGUGGGGGUGGAGGGCCUCCCUUCCCCUGGAAGCACAGCCAGUUGUGCCCUAAGGAAACAUUUGGUGAGGAAUGAAAAGAGGAUGAGCAGCAGUUGCUCAGGGCUGAGCAGGGUCCUGGUGGCCGUGGCUACAGCCCUGGUGUCUGCCUCCUCCCCCUGCCCCCAGGCCUGGGGCCCCCCAGGGGUCCAGUAUGGGCAGCUGGGCAGGUCCGUGAAGCUGUGUUGUCCUGGAGUAAUUGCCGGGGACCCAGUAUCCUGGUUUCGGGAUGGGGAGCCAAGGCUGCUCCAGGGACCUGACUCUGGGCUAGGGCAUGAACUGGUCCUGGCCCAGGCAGACAGCACUGAUGAGGGCACCUACAUCUGCCGGACCCUGGAUGGUACCCUUGGGGGCACAGUGAUCCUGCAGCUGGGCUACCCCCCAGCCCGCCCUGUUGUCUCCUGCCAAGCAGCCGACUACGAGAACUUCUCUUGCACUUGGAGUCCCAGCCAGAUCAGUGGUUUACCCACCCGCUACCUCACCUCCUACAGGAAGAAGACAGUCCUAGGAGCUGAUAGCCAGAGGAGGAGUCCAUCUCCAGGGCCCUGGCCAUGCCCACAGGACCCCCUAGGGGCUGCCCGCUGUGUGGUCCAUGGGGCUGAGUUCUGGAGCCAGUACCGAAUUAAUGUGACUGAGAUGAACCCACUGGGUGCCAGCACACGCCUGCUGGAUGUGAGCUUGCAGAGCAUCUUGCGCCCUGACCCACCCCAGGGCCUGCAGGUAGAGUCGGUACCAGGUUACCCCCGACGCCUGAGAGCCAGCUGGACAUACCCUGCCUCCUGGCCCCGCCAGCCUCACUUCCUGCUCAAGUUCCGGCUGCAGUACCGUCCGGCGCAGCAUCCAGCCUGGUCCAUGGUGGAGCCAGCUGGACUGGAGGAAGUGAUCACAGAUGCUGUGGCUGGGCUGCCCCAUGCCGUACGAGUCAGUGCCCGGGACUUUCUGGACGCUGGCACCUGGAGCACCUGGAGCCCUGAGGCCUGGGGAACUCCGAGCACUGGGACUAUACCAAAGGAGGUACCAGCUGGGGACCAGCUACACACACAGCCAGAGGUGGAGCCUCAGGAGGACAGCCCUGCUCCUCCAAGACCCUCCCUUCAGCCACACCCUCAGCUACUUGAUCACAGGGACUCUACAGAGCAGGUAGCUGUGCUGGCAUCUUUGGGAGUCCUUUCUUUCCUAGGACUGGUAGCUGGGGCCUUGGCACUGGGGCUCUGGCUGAGGCUGAGACAAAGCGGGAAGGAUGGAUCCCCGAAGCCUGGGUUCUUAGCCCCAAUGAUUCCAGUGGACAGGCGUCCAGGAGUUCCAAACCUGUAGAGGACCCAGGAGGGUUUCGGCGGAUUCCAUCUAUAAUUCUGUCUUGCUGGUGUGGAUGGAUGGACAGAUAGAACCCAGGCAGGACAGUAGAUCACUAUGGUUGGGGAAUCAGCUGGAAGUUCUGUUUGGAGCCCAUUUCUUUGAGACCCUAUAUUUCAAAUUGCCAGCUGAAAGUUGCCUAUACCUCUGAUUUCACCCCAGAGUUGGAGUUCUGCUCAAGGAACGUGUGUAAUGUAUACGCCUGUGUCCAUGUGUGACCAUGUGUCUGUGAGGCAGGGAACAUGUAUUCUCUGCAUGCAUGUAUAUAGGUGCCUGGGGAGUGUGUGUGGGUCCUUGACUGUUGGCCUUUCCCAUUUCAGGGAUUGUGCAGGUGUGAAUAAAGAGAAUAAGGAAGUUCUUGGAGAUUAUA